AUGAUUGCAGAGAAUUAUUCGGAUGAGUCAAUGAAGGUAGCCUUUGAAGACCUUGUUCUGCAGAUGAUCCUCGAACAACCGUUGAAAAUACCUUUUAUCGCUGCGGUUAUCCUCGUACUAAACACCCUUAAGCCAGAAGCCACUGCCCCAAUUAUCUCCAAUAUUGGAGAACAAGCUGCUCUGUACGUGGGACAGGGCCAUUGGCGAAAUGCCAAGCUUAUGCUGCGGUUCCUGGGAUGUUUGCAGGGCCUGUUUGAAGGCGAUGGUAUAUUCCCGGUGCUGGAGGAGCUCUUUUCGCGUGCUGUUGACCUUCAGACUGGCUCGUCUGAAGAUUCUCUUGGAUUAGAGCUUGUCAGCGUCAUUCUGUACACCAUUCCUUACGUCAUGGCCUCAUCUGCCACCGGAUUCGAGCCUCAAGCCUCCGCUCUACUAGAAAAGACGGAUAUCAUUGCCUCAACCCCCCAUACCCUUGAAGCAAUUGUCGACCCUUUCCCUAAGAAACAAGGCGAAGAUGAAGGCGGCAGAUUAAGUUCCUUAGGCCUGCUUCAGAAACAGCUGCAAGGUGAAGCUGCCCAGUCGUGGAAACUUACCUGUAUUCCGAGACCAUGGAAAGAACCGCUCACCCAAAAGGAGCCAAAGGAAGAUGGGAACGGGGAAGAGAAAAAGGAAAAUGAAGAAACUCCCAAGACCAUUACCAAACAUGCUUUUCCAACAAUCGCAGUCCCUAACCCGGUCAAGACUGGGCCUAGGGCUAUUUUCCCUGAGAUCUAUUUCUCCGUCUAUACUCAUCAAGACAUUGACACAGUUCCUCCGACAUCCGAUAUUGCAUCGUCAUUGGUCCGCGACGCAUUGGUUGACACCAUCAAUGUUCUUGACUUCAACCGAAAUGCAACGGCCAAAUUCCUGAUCGAUGUGGACUGCUACUUUGCACCAGAUACCUUUGUUAAACGAGCUGUUCCUUUAGACCAACUGCGUGACUCUCCAUCUCCUCAGAAGUCAACCUGGAAACCAGAAGAUGUUGCUGUUGACGCUGCCUUCUCUCAGCUCCUGCGGUUGCCAUUCCCGGAACAUAAACUGGUAUAUUACCAUUCAGUGCUUACGGAAUCCUGCAAGAUUGCUCCCGCCGCAGUCGCUCCUAGUUUGGGGCGUGCGAUUCGAUUCAUGUACCGAAAUAUUGAUAAGCUGGACCUUUCACUUGCUUAUAGAUUCUUGGAUUGGUUCUCCCACCACCUGAGCAACUUCGGUUUCACGUGGAAGUGGACUGAAUGGGUUGCCGACCUUGAGCUACCAGAUGUCCACCCCAAGAAGGCAUUUAUCAUUGGAGCCAUAGAUAAGGAAAUUCGACUGAGCUUCGCACAGAGAAUAAAAGGAACCCUUCCAGAGCCUUACCAUGAGCUAAUCACUGAAGGCAAAGAGAAGGACACGCCGGACUUCAAAUUUUCUCAGGAGACAACUCCGUAUUCAAAGGAGGGACAAGAAUUGAUGAAACUCAUCCGCCAGAAAUCGUCAGAUGAAGAAAUCGAAGCUGUCAUUACUUCGAUCGAAGAACAAGCUAAAACUCACGGGCUGACUGACCCUCUUAUUGCUUCUACUGACGUCUACAUGACCUCCAUUUGCUACGUGGGAUCCAAAUCUCUCUCACACUUCCUCUCCUGCAUCGAGCGCUGCAAGGACCGACUUCUUGCCAUCGGUCCAAAGUCUGAUGCUGCACGCCGUCAAAUAAUCAAUUCUGUCAUGGAAUACUGGGUCGACCAACCCGGAAUCGGCAUCAACAUCAUCGACAAGCUAUUGAAUUAUACCAUUCUCACUCCUCUAUCUGUCCUCGAAUGGGCGCUAGUUGACAACCUCGCCGCGGGUUCAACGUUGGCAAAACCACAUAUUUUCGAAAUGAUAUCCGCCACUAUGCGCAAGGUUACAAACCGAAUGCGUCAGAUUGUGGCAGCCAGAACUCAGCCAACGCUAUAUGAACCGCAGCUCAGCAUUCUAGAUGAAACCCUCAAGAAAGAGAAGGCGGAUAUGCUUUCUAUGUUCCAGCUGAUCGAAGAUACGCUAGUCCCAGUAGCUGGUGGCUAUAGCGAUGGCAUGAUGGAGCGGACGGAGGAUGACUCACUCCAGCCUGAGAAUGUGAUGAUCCAGCAGUGGGGAAGCAGAUGGUUGAACGUCUUUAGACGCAAGGUUGCAGUUGAGAGAGCGUUUAUUGAUGAGGCAAUGGCCUCCGCUCCGGCUCUUGGAACCAUGGCUCCUCCUGCACCACCACUGGGAAUUGACGAGAAGACUGAGGAAAGCAAGACACUCGAGGAACCGGCUAUGGAUGUCGAAGAGAUGCACGACACUGCAGAGAUUGACUAG